AACAGGAAUUCAAUUAAGUACAAACAAAAAACGAAAAAGAAAGCAGACAAAAUAUCAUUUGUGGUCAGUGUGAUCAGUGGCAACAUUGUGCUCGGUUGUGUCGCAGGUUCAUCAAUCUCGCUGUGGUUUGUUAACCAAAUUCAUUAAAGAAAUUGCAAGCUUAAAGAGCGUACACAAAAGCCAAAGAUCAGUGACCACCCAGUGUGAUGCAAGCAACAAGCAUUGAAGCCCUUUAAGAUGACUGAUUACAAAAAUGGCAACAGCAGCAACCUCAACAACAACCUUAACAACAACAACAAUAACAGUGGACUAAGACUGACGGUGCCCAAGGUGCAGAACGCUGCUGCAGACCAACCGCCAAAGUAUGAUCAACAAAAGCCACCCAGGCAGAUAACAGCAGAUUCAAUGCAAGCGACAGCACCGCCUCUCAUCCAGCCCCAGUCCCAACCCCAGCCCCAUCCGCAUCAGCCAAUAAAAAAGAAACGUCGGGACAAAAGCGAUCUGGGCGAUGAUUUUGUGGCGCCCGAUGGCGGUUGGGGCUGGCUGGUGGCCAUUGCCAGUGGCGUUAAUAUUCUGGUGACGUUCGCGCUGGCCCAGCAAUUUGGGAUAAUAUUUCGCGAUCGCAUGGCCAGCUUGGGCAUCAGCAGUUCAAAGCUGACGACCAUUAUCAACACACAGAUUGCUGUUUCCGCUUUUACGGGUCUGCUCAACGGUCCACUCUUCCGCCGUUACACGUAUCGGGCGGUGGCCCUCUUUGGCUCGGUGCUGACCUUUGUGGGCCUCUUCUGGAUGGUGUUCGCAGACACGUUCACAGUGUACAUCCUCAGCUUCUCGAUUAUCUAUGGCUUUGGACGCGGCCUGACUGUGUCGGCCUCCUCGCUGGCAGUGAACACGUUCUUCAAGGUGAAGCGACGCACUGCGACCGCUUAUCAGUUCGGUGUCGCCGGCAUGGGACCCAUUGUCUGUCCCUAUUUCGCCACCUACAUGCUGAACAUGUUUGGUGUCCAGGGCACAACGCUGCUGUUUGCGGGUGCCUCGUUGCAUACGAUCGCCUGUUCGCUGAUCUAUCAGCCAGUGAAAUGGCAUGUGGUCAAGCGGGACAAGGAUGCGGAGGCGCUGCAGCCGCCAAAGACACAGGCGCAUUUGGACGACGAGGACGAUGAUAUCAUCAAGCAUGUAGUUGAACCGGAGACGCCAGUGUUGCCACGUGCCAACGAUGGAUGGUUCGGAUCACGAGCCUCGCUCAACAGCAGCGGGACUCGGAAUCGCGUCAACACCUGGGACAAGCAGCAGCAGCAGCAGCGGCAGCUGGAUGGAGAGAAUGGUCACUUUGAGCUGAAGCGAUUGAACAGUCGCGACUCAACUGGACGUCAACAGCGUAGCAUUUCCAUUAGUCACAGCAUCAAGGAGGAGCCACACGAUCACGAGGAGGUCGAGUACGAGUUCGAGAAGGAGAAGGAGCAACAGUUGCCGCUGAAGGCACCGAUCGAACUGAUCGAUGAGGACGAGGCGGAGCGACAGCGUCGCAAGAAGUUGCCCUUCUAUCGCAAGAUCGUGAUCUUCUUCGAUCUGGACUUGCUGCGGGACAUCACGUAUGUGAAUCUCGCUGUGGGCAUCACACUGAUCAAUUUUGUGGAAAUCAAUUUCGCCAUUUUGACGCCAUUCAUAUUGAGCGAUCUGAACUUUAAGCCCGAUCAGAUUGCGUUCGCCAUGUCGCUGUUGGGGUUGUUCGAUCUGAUCGUUAGAUUUCUGGUGCCGCUGAUCACGGCCAAAUUCAAUUUCAGUAAUCGCACAUUCUUUGUCAUCGGCAUCUUGGGUAUGUGCAUUGGCCGUAUCUUCCUCUCGAUGACCUCGAAUUUCUAUGUGAUGGCUGCCAUCUUCCUUUGGCUGGGCCUCAACAAGGCCUUCCGCACCGUCUUCUGGUCCCUGAUCAUUCCCAGCUAUGUGCCAUUGAAGCGUCUACCUGCCGCCGCCGGCCUGCAGUUGCUGAUGUCGGGUCUCUUCUCGAUGGCCUUUGGUCCCGUGAUUGGUCUGAUUAGGGACAGAACGAGCUAUGCGUUUACGCUCAACUGUCUCAAUGCGUUGUGCAUCAUUGCAAUUGCAUUCUGGUAUCUGGAGGACUUAAUUAGAGCACGCUCUCCCAAACCGAAGCCAGUCGCCAAGGUGGAUGCGAAGUGAGGCCUCCAAUCUGAAAGUACUGAAACUGAUGUCUGCCCGCCCAGCUCCCCAACUCCCCAGCUCCCAAUCCAGCCACAACCCCAACCCCAACCAUAAUUACAUCCAAGUCGACGUCCAAGUUCAACUCCCUCCCAUCCCACGUUAUGUGGAGCUUAGCCAAGCUUUUCGUUUCUUGUUGAUUUAUUAUUAUUUUAUUACCAUUAAACAAUUUUUUUUUUGUGAAACACGUUUAUUAUCCGUGUACAUUUUGUAUAUAUGUAUAAUUGAAUGUAGCAAAUUAUUUUUAUUAAUUAUAAUAACUGUUAAUAAUAUGCGUAAGCUGCCCAACUUGAAAAAAUCGUAUUUUCGACUCUUUAUUAACUGUUGACUGACUGACUCGUGCCGCAAUCAAUUCUCAUUUGAUUUAUAUUCCACCGCAUUUCAAUUCACGCAGAGCACUCUACAAUUAAACGGGUCACAACGAUAAGAUGAUCAAUUUGUACUUCUUUUUAGCUUGGUGUGAUUUGAAGAAGGUAUUUUUGAAAUCGUGUGUAGAAACAUUCUUUGGGGUUUAAAAAGAAUUCAUAGAGUCAGCUGGUUAAAGUGAUGUAAGUCUUUUUUAUAUGGGAGGUUAUUCACUGAAAUUUAAAUUGUAUUGAAAGAGUAAGAACAAAUUGGAAUUUUGUGAAACUUGAUAUUCCAAUAAUAAUAAAAGAGGCUUCAAGACA